AUGGUGACAAAAUUCUAUCAGCACAUUCUUGCAUUGGCAUUUGCUGUGAAAGAAGUCAAUGAGAAUCCCAACAUCUUGCCCAAUAUCACACUUGGCUUCCACAUCUAUGACAGCUAUUAUGAUGCAAGGAUGACCUACCGUACGACUCUAGACCUCCUCUUCAAAAUGAGGACCUUUGUCCCCAACUACAAAUGUGACACCCAGAAAACCCUCAUAUCCACCAUUGGGGGACUUGGCCAUGAUACCACCUUCCAUAUGGCAGACACAUUAGGUCUCUACAAAAUUCCACAGUUUGCAUAUGGUUCAUUUCCUGCAGUGGAGAGUGAUACAAGUCAGGCUCCUUCCUUUUACCGCAUGGUGCCCAAUGAAGCCCAACAGUUUCUUGGGAUUAUCCGCUUGCUUAAGCAUUUUGGAUGGACGUGGAUCGGACUCCUUGCUCUGAAUGAUAACAGUGGAGAACAUUUCUUGCAGACCCUGGAGCCAUUGCUUUUUCAAAAUGGAAUUUGCUCAGCCUUCACACACAAAAUCCCAAAACAACUCCACAUUGAUAAUGUGGAUGAAAUGCAUGAUAUAGCUUUAAAUAUGUAUGUACAAAUCAGAGAUAAUAAAGUCACUACAUUUAUUGUUUAUGGAGAAUCUCUAGCCAUUAUAGCACUGAGAGCUAUCAUAUUUGUGCCAGAUCCUACAAAUAAGAAAAACACAUCAUUUAAAAAGGUAUGGAUCUUUACAGCACAGACAGAUUUCAUAUCUAUGGGUCUUCUUAAGGUUUGGAAUGUUCUGCUCUUCCAGGGUUCCCUUUCCUUCACAAUCCACUCACAAAAUCUUCCAGCUUUCAAGGAAUUUCUUCACAACAUAAAGCCUUCCUGGACCCAGGGAGAUGGUUUCAUCAAAGGCUUCUGGGAGCAAGCAUUUGACUGUAUUCUUCCCAAUUUUGAUGCACCAAUGGAGGUCCAUGGUAUGUGUUCGGGGGAGGAGAGAUUGCAGAGUCUUCCAAGGUCUCUGUUUGAAAUGGGCAUGACUGGUCACAGCUACAGCAUUUAUAAUGGUGUCUAUGCUGUGGCUCAUGCCUUGCAGAACAUUCACUCACCUAGAUCCAAGCAAAGAGCAAUGGGGAAAAGUGAAAGAUUAAAACUUCAGGACCUGGAGCCUUGGCAGCUCCACCUUAUUCUUCAUGACAUUUCAUUUAACAACUCAGCUGGAGAAAUCGUGUCAUUUACUGAUCAAAGAGAAAUGGGAGGUGGCUUUGACAUCAUGAAUACUGUCACAUUCCCAAACAGGUCCUUCCUUCAAGUGAAGGUGGGAUGGGUUGAUUCUGAUGCUGUUGAUGGAAAAGAAUUCAUCAUUCAUGAGGACAUGAUUAUGUGGCACAACGAUUUUAACCAGUAUGAUUGUACUCCAUGUCCAGAAGGGAAGAUUUCAAACCAGAAUGACAUGGCUGACUGUUUCAGAUGCCCAGAUGAUCAGUAUCCAAACAAGAAGAAAAAUAGAUGCAUCUCCAAAACUAUAAGCUUUCUUUCUUAUGAGGAACCCUUAGGGAUCGGCUUGGCCUCUGUUGCUCUUCCUUUUUCCCUGAUCACAGCUUUGGUACUAGGAACUUUUAUCCAACACAGAGACACUCCCAUUGUCAAAGCCAACAACAGAGAUCUCACCUAUGCUCUCCUCAUUGCCCUUCUACUCUGCUUCCUCUCAUCUUUUCUGUUUAUUGGACGCCCUGGGGAAGUGACCUGCCUUCUUCGGCAACCAACUUUUGGCAUUGUCUUCUCUGUGGCAGUUUCCUGUGUGUUGGCCAAAACCAUCACUGUAGUUGCAGCUUUCAUGGCCACCAAGCCAGGGUCCAGUAUGAGGAAGUGGGUAGGGAAACAAAUGACCAACUCCGUUGUCCUUUCCUGCUCUCUUUUUCAAGUGAUUAUUUGUAGUGGCUGGCUGAUGACCUCUCCCCCAUUCCCUGCUUUAGACAUGCACUCGGUAAUGGAAGAAACCAUUGUGCAGUGCAAUGAAGGCUCAGUGACCAUGUUUUAUUGUGUCUUGGGCUACAUGGGCCUCCUGGCCAUUGCCAGCUUCAUUGUGGCAUUUGCAGCUCGCAAAUUACCAGACAGUUUCAAUGAAGCCAAGUUCAUUACAUUCAGCAUGUUGCUGUUCUGCAGUGUUUGGCUUUCUUUUUUUCCAACCUAUCUGAGCACCAAAGGAAAAUACAUGGUGGUGGUGGAGAUCUUCUCCAUCUUGUCCUCCAGUGCUGGAUUGUUGGGCUGCAUCUUUGCCCCUAAAUGUUACAUCAUUGUUCUGAGGCCUGAGCUGAACAAAAAGGAGCAAAUGAUAAGGAAAAAGAUGUAA